CACAGCAGUAACCCUUGGCCUCCCCAGCACAGAGAGACACAGCAGGAGCCCUCUGCCCCCACGGCACAGACACAGCAGUAGCCCUUGCCCUCUUCCCAGCACAGACACACUGAAACACAAAGAAAAACAAGGGCAUUAAAAGAGUGAGGGGAAAGGCAGCCGGAGACCAGAGGCAAUUCAGACUGACUGACUCACUCACACACAUAGCCCCAGCUUGAUGGGCAAUGGAGAGGGAGGGAGACAGGCCCAAACAAGCUGAUUUUCCAGCAGUGCAGAGGGGCACAUUGAGGCACACUCUAUGGGGGGCCUAUGGGAAGCCAAGGGAAAACUUCAGGGAUGUGCUAUUCAAUGGGAAACAUCAUCCUGGCCCCAGGAACAUCUGGAUGUGCCCAUGGCUGUUAGGCCAGCGUGGGAUGGUGGAAGGGCAUCUGAGUCUGUAGCUUGGAACACACAGAUCUGGCUGCUAUUACAGCCUGCUCCCCCUGAUGUGGUAGGUUUGGUUUCCCUCCCACAUCGUGGGCCUGCAUUGCUGUGAGAGAGGCCUUUCCAUGAAGCCAGUUUGCAGCAUGCAGAGGUCUCGUCUGAGCUGUGUAGAGAGCAUGGAGAAUACGAAUAGGAGCUUGAGCAGCAGGAAGAAGGAAAACAUCCCGCCUCUGCUGAGACGCUAUCUGCAGUCAGAGCACAGAAAUAUUCAGAAGAAUGUGAAUGUGAAUCUGUAUUUGGGCACUGGAAGCCAAGCUGAAGCUACUCAUCAGUGGCCCAGUGCUGGUGCAUUCACUGUAACCCCUGGCUGGGAAGUGGAGACAGGCAGGACUGCACCAGCUGUGAAAGGCAAAGGGGACAAGAAGAGGGAUCCCAGCCUGAUACAGACUAAUCUUUCUUGCCCUUCUCAGCCUCUCAGGGCUGCUGCUAUCCCGCUCUCCAACUUCUGUUCCCAGCAGCAAAAUAACCUCUAUUGCAGGCUGCAGCGGCACAGCUCUGGAAAGGUGGGAUGUGGCAAUCCCCCGCUGCCUUCAUCAGCUCCGCCCCAUGUGGAUCUUCAGCGGAGACGCUCCUGCCUUGACACAACUGGGGGAGCAGGAAGUGGGGAGAAUGUGAGUGUCCACCUUGCAGAGAAGAGCCUGCAGGACAGGAGGAAACCAAAGGAGGGGGUUAGCCCCUGGGACCAAUCCUCUGUGCAGUGCUCCUGCUAUCACCUUCCAGAGGGACGAAACCAGAGCAAUGAGCAAGCAGUGAAAAAGCAGCAACGUGGACCUCACGUGACUUAUGGUGCAGAUGAUGGGGAUCCUUUACGAGCUAGUACAGAGUUCCUCUCCCCCACAGUAGUGCCUGUAAUCACCUCUGCGGGGCUCCUUCCCCCCCAUAGCCCAAUGGUAUGUCCCUCUCCAGGGAGCUCCAAAAGAAGUGUGAACUCCUUUUGUCCGGGGCCUGCCCUCACCUUGGACGAACUAGGUCCCCCCAGCUUGGCUGAGCCCCUUCCCAGCUCUGCGGCCCUUCAGUCUCUCUUGAAGUCCUCCAAGACCUCUGCCAGCCUGCACUGCUCAAUCCAGAGGCUUCAGCAAGAAGCUGCUUUCAUGGGGAUAUGGAGCUCCCUCCCUUUGGAUCCCAGGUCUUCUCCACGCGCUUGCAGGAUGUGCUUUGCACCUGCUGUCCUGAGUGUGGGGGAGCAGCUUGCCAGAGACCAGAGCAGUGCUAAGCAGGCUAGAAUGAAAUGGGUUCCCCCAUUUGUUAGGGACUGGGAUCUUGGUUCAGUGUCCUAUGACUUGGGGGAAGCCGAACCUACCUCUCUUUGUCAGAGGUGCAGAAAUACUGAAUUAUAUCUGCAAAGAAGCAAAGCGUCAGGUAGGAUCUGGCCAGGAUCCCUCUGUACAGGUGCCAGCUCAGUCUGCCUGGUGGAUACAGAAGCAGGAAGUCCCCAGGAGAGCUCUCCCUACCGCAAGUAUCAAUCUCAGGCACCGCACACUCAAGGGGGAGGCACAUUUGGCCGCACAAAAACUAAUUUCCCUGAAAAGCCACUUGGGGCAGAAGAAUCCUUUGCCAGAGCAGCACCCUGUGCGAUGUGUUGCAGGAAGGCCCUUCCCUCUGGGUCAGACCCAGGUGAUCUGCAGGUUUCACUGGAGACACAGGAGGGUGGGUCUCCAGUGAAUGUCAGUGUCACUGUGUAUGGGACUCCAAGGGAAGUCCAUCUGGAAGUCCAGUCUCCUUCUGGAGAUGCAGGGAUCAGUCAAGUCCAGCAGCUUAGUGUGGGCUCCAUAGAUGUCGGCGCCUCAGAGCCUCCUGAAGAAGACCAGGGAGUGUCAGUCAAAGCUUGUGACACCAUAUUGUCUGCUGCCAGGAGAACAGCCAUGGUGAAUAACAGGCGGUCUGUGCCUGGUCACCGGUACAGCCUUUUGAGGGGAACAGCCAGCCAAGGUCCCAGUGAACCUUCCUUGGUUGCCACUGACAUGGAUGGUACAAAUGCUCCCAGCGAGGGAGGAAUUGAAGAACACUCCCAGGAGGCCUGCAGGGUUCUGGGGCUCAGUGCUGACCAGGACCAAUCUGAGAUGCUUCCUGCAGAAAGGAGCAGCAGGAAAGUGUGGAACUGCGAGGAAAGCAGCCAGGUGCAGGACGUGUUACCACCAUGGGAUCCAGAGAGCAGCUUCCCAUGUUUGGAGAUGAAGGAGAGAAGCUCUCAGGUGCUGGGUAAUAGGCGACAACUAGCCCGGUGCUUCCAGGCCUGGAGAGGUUACAUCCUCAGGAAGAGGACUGCAGCUAGGGAGCUGUACAGGCAGCAGCUGCUUCGUAAGGGGCUUGGGGCCCUACAGUGGGCGGUGCAGCUGAGGAGGGUGCAGAUGGAGACUGCCCAGCGCAGACACGCCCUGGCUGUGUUGGCCGUCAGCUUUCACAGGUGGAAGGAAGCUGCGGUGAAGCGAAACGAAAGCCAAACCUCCCAGCAGGAGCCGGUGACUCUCUCCCAGAAGUCGCCAAUAGAUCUCGUCAGGUUGGGGAGGAGUCCAGCUGUGACCGCGCCAGUGUGGAGCCGGCUGGCUGCAGGGUCCUCACAGGAAGCGAUGUGGCCUAGCCGGGUGGAGGCAGACCUGUGGAGGCAGCUUCAUCGCAGGCAGAGAGCAGACGAGCUCUGCCAGAGGAUACAGGCCAUCAGGGACCUGAGGCGGCUGGCUGCAGCUUUCAGACUGUGGCACUUGCAGAAGGAGCUGCUGGACAAAGAGGAGGCCAGAGUGCAGGAAGCCCGGGCCCUGCUGGAGAAGAAGCAGCUACAGAGUGUUUUCCGAGCAUGGCGUUCACGAAGCUUGGAAACCGAGCGGAUUUGGCCUCUGCUGAGUCAGAUCCGGAGAGAGCUGGCUGCUCGGUGCUUCCGAGCCUGGAGGCAGUUUGUGGAGCGGAAGGCAUUGUGCAGGCACAGCCUGGAACAUCACAGGGCAAGGUCCUUGAGGAAGUGCUUCCAGCAGUGGGUCCUGAUGCUGCAGCGCAAUGAAGCAGACAAGAGGACAACGAUGAACUUGCUGAUCCUGAGGCAGAGGAGAUGUUAUGGACAAGUCAGCUCAACUGCCAGUGGGUCUGCGACGAAGGAAGAUGAAGCUCAUCCAUGCUUAGCAGUAAGGAGAUGGCCCCUGGGGAAAAGAGGUGGCUCUUUAGAUGAGCUCUAUCAGCGAAUGACACUCCAGAGGAUAUUUCUGCUGUGGAAGGCGAGGCUCUGUCAGCAGCAACAGGCUGAUGCCUUCUCCCAAGCUUUGGAGCAGCGCCGACUGCGGGAGGCUCUGAGGUGGUGGCACCAGAAGACACUUCAGCUGAAUCCUCUUAACCACGAUCCCAGGGCACCUCCUGAGAAGCCUCUUGCCUUGCUGGAUUCUGAGGAGUCCUCUUUGUCUUCUGGUUUCCACAGCAGCUCCCUCGCUCCUCUUGUUUCCCAUGGCUUGUUGGAAAAGGAGAGCAGCUUCUGUGACAGCAGCCGGAACAGUCUCUCCUCCUUCCUGACCACCGAGGAUAGCACACAUCCAUCCCCGCGUGCCUGCUCUCUGCAGCAGCACCGCUGCCCAGACCUUCCAGCCGGGCUGGGGGAAGAGCUCUGUUUGCAGGCGUCCUCUCCUCUGCAGAGUCCCCGCGGCGGAGGGAAUCAGUUGAUGGGAGGCUGGCUCCAAGCGGCAGCUCUGUGUCGACCCUACAGCAGGAUCCAGCCUCUUGCCCGUUACUCUGCAUGGGAAGAAACGAGGUUCCAAAGUGACGCUUGGCAGGAUUACGGUUCUGGAGACGAACUGGAGAGUCCCUGCGGCUCCCUCUGGCACCAGGCAGAGCGACGGCUCCUGCAGGAGUAUUUUUUGGUCUGGUCUGCUCGGACUCAGCAGCAUAUAAAGACCCAGCGCUAUCCCGGUAGGAGCCCUAGAACCAGCUGA